UGUUACGAUAAUCUGUGGAUAUCGUAUGUUACAAACUCAUUGAAGUCGUGAACACUUGCUCCACAAAUAGUAAACAUUGGAUUUAUGGCGGUGUCAAGAAUUACAUUACAACACUGUCGAUGUAUUUCAACAUCGGUGGCAUGUUGUGGUAAGAGGAACUUCAGAAAGUUCCUUAUAUACAACAAGCGUGGUACGAAACUAUUUAGAGAAAAGCAAACAACAAAAGAUCGAGACCCAGAGCUUUUCCAUGAUCUGGGAGUGAAACCUGUUGGAUAUGGAAUAGGCGAGACAUUUGUGGAAGUACCCGAGAUGAUUCCAGAAUUGAUUGUACCAGAUUUAACAGGCUUUAAGUUGAAGCCAUAUGUGUCAUAUCGAGUACCUGAAGUGGUGCAGUCAGAAUUCACCCCCAAAGAUCUGUUUGAUGCAGUAUACAGUGAUAAAAUUGUUAAUGACUUCAAGAAUGGAAAACUUGGUGAGAAUGGAGAGCCUUUAGAACCGAGUCCAAAAGAACAGCUCACACCUGAAGAAGCUUAUGUCCAAGCUAGGAAAACUGGAACAGACAUCUUCUAGAUGGUGUGUAGAAUGUGCCUGUAGCGUGGACAGUAGAAGAGAAACUAUCAGUACUUACAGUUAUAUAUUAUUAUUAUUGAUUGAAGUUCAGUGAUUCUAUAAGUCAGUGAGAAAAGUCGAUAAUAAUUUAAAUAUUAUAUUGGACAAUGCGUGUUGUCCGAUGUUUGAUAUACUUGAUGGCAAUGUUUAGGAUGAGACCUGUGACCUUUUGAAUACUAGGCUAGUAUGCUAACUGCUAGUGGUCUAGUAAUUAGCAUAAUUACCUUGUAUUUGACCCUAGAACUCACCAUUAAUACAAAAUAAUAAAGUAAUAACAAAUCUGUCAGAAAAUGGUAAUUAGACUCUUUAAGACAGGUGUAGAGUCAAUGUUUGAAGUAUUGUAUGUAUCAAAUAUGACUGGUAAUUUACAGUGUCCAAUAUAUUUUAAUAUUGAAGUUCAUUGUUCUGCAGUUUGAUUCUUUACCAGUAUUGGAUUGUGUGGUUGAAUGUGAAAAUAACCAUUCCUGAUGAUUUCUGUUCACUGAGUACAUUAACUGCUCAUCUCUAUCCAAGGUGGCAUAUAUACAAAUUGUAUGCAGAAUAUAGCAGUUGUUUGUUUCAAGUUUAACCAUUUCCCUGAUUAUUUAUUUCCUGAAAAUAUAAAAUAAAAUUAUUUAACACUUGGAAUAUACCCACAAGAAUGAAAUUACUGACAUGUAUUUUGAUGAAAAAUAUUUAAUGAGUAUGUAAUUAUAAUGAUUUUAUUUCACUUUUUAAACCUGAAGUCUCAUUCCACAGCAGAAAUGUCAUUACAGCUAGUGUGGGAACUUAAGACAUAUGCUACACAAAUAUAAAAUUUCUACUGAUGUACAAUCUGUCAGUGGGUCAGUCGCUCACUACUUCACGACGAAGACCAAGAAACCCCCGAAAAAGGAGGCGGCGAAAACCCACAACACGGUUGUAGAGCCUUGAAACAAACAACUGAUGUGCAAUCUAGCAUUAAAACAAACGCACGUGGUUUGUGAAAGUGCAGCAGUCGGUAAUUUACUGACUACACUGAUGUAUUUCCUCAUAUCAUCCUGGUUAAUUCAAUGAAACUAGUUGUUUUCAUCAUCUUCUUUAAUGGUGCUAGGUCUUCUAAAUUCAACUGCUGAAGUUCUUCUGAGGUUCCAUUGUUUUUAAAGCACAUUCAAAAUACACCAUCAGCUUGCUGUCCCUGACACGGCUUCACUGUAACCCAUUUAGCCAUUAAUUUUCAUAGUUCAUACCAGACCUUCUCAACCACUUUGGAGGUGCCAGGGACUAGAUCCUCAAUGUACUUACUCUGACGAAGCUUUUGUUCCCUUAAUAGAAUGUUGUGCUGUCAGUGGCCACAUGGUCUGAGGCGUGGGCCUUGUACCACUUGGUCACAGGGAUCGUGGGUUCGAAUCCCACUCAAGGCAUGGGUGUUUGUCCGCAUCUUUCUGUGUUGUGCUGUCCUUGUGACAGGCCGAUCACUCGUUCAAGGAGUCCUAUCAACUGUCUAUAGAUCAGUGCCAACGAAAAGUUGGGACCCGCAGAUGCUCGGGCACUGAAGAACAGGUCAUAUAAAAAUAAUAGAAUGUUCACUAGGAUAAUGUAUGUGCUGAAAGCAUUGGACUUAAAAGACAGGAUUUUACUGUGAGAGUGAAAUUACGUUUUUUUGUUAACUGAACAUAGAAGUAAAGGCCAGCGUGCAGAUUUUGUAAGCUACUGACAUAAGAUGCAAGUUCAACAAAUAUUAAGCAACAUUUUAAAUAAACUAAUGGUAUUCAAGGAUGAAUUCAUACACAGUGCAUGUUUCAAAAGAAGUGUCUUCAUAUAUUUAUUGUAAUAGCAAUAUACCAUUUUGUAAGUUCUUCUAUGGCACGACAGUCUGAAGUCGAGCCUUGGCCUCCUUAUUUCGUAAGUUACUGAUAUAUAAAUGAGCAGAUACUAUUACUGGCAUAAAAGAUGCAUCUGUAUAUGAAAAAAAGAAGAUAAAUAAACUCUACACAUGUCAAAUCUUU